UCAAUACCUAGACAGAAACAAUCUACCAGCCCCCACCGUAUUUCCCUGUUACCUGCCCGGCUUCUUCCCCGCAGCGCUCCCUCUCAGGCUGGGUUUCACCUUGUCGUCUCGGCCCUCCGAACCAUCCUGAGCGUAAGUCCCCGCGACGCAACAUCCACCGUCGACGUCGUUCUUAAACAAUCGACAACCACGAUGGAGGUGUUCCUACGAGAGCUACCGCUUCAUCUAGCGAGUAGUGCUCUCCAAGAACAGCUCAAGCAAUUCAUGGUCCCUCUCAAUAUCACGGACUACCUAGUCGAAAAGCAGAGGAACAAGCCGACGGGGAACAUCACAUUUCUCCGCGAAGCCGAUGGCAAGGCAUUUCUCCAGCGUCAUGGAGAGGAACUGAUACCCCAACCCCGUGUGCAUUCCUCUCGCCAGCGCCACAGCCGACACCCGCCCUCCCGAUCACGUCUCUCGCUUAUGGGUAAGAGAGUGUUCUGCAGGCUCAGUGAUAGGAAGCCUCAUGAAUACACUCUGAAAACCAUCAAGCAUGAGGCUAGCCUUCGCAGCCACAGCGAAGCGACUGCAGAACCGCCAACCAAAACACUCGAAGCCACCGAGCUAAACUGUGGCUACCACACGCUGAACGAUGGGAAGUUGACAUUCACCGCCGAAUGGACGGCCGCUGAGCGUUGCCUCGUCAAGUUUGCCAAACGGACCCUCACCAUCACCAUGACAAGGCGGAAAGUCCAGCUUCGCAUCCCGUUCCAAAGCAUCAUCGACCUCGUCUGGUGGCACAAUGGUAGCGUCGCUGUGACGCUCUCUUGGGCACCCACUAUCCUGAUUUCGCAAAGCCCAGAAGACGAUCUGGCCGCCGCAAUCUCGUUAUUCAGCUUUAGCCCAGGGGGCUCUCAGAAGAAGGCCGACCAGAGCCAAAGGCUCCAGGCCAUCGACAAGGAUCAUCUCCCCAUCUCUCCUUUCUGCCUGGUCUAUCGUUUCCAGGUGCCCAACGCCAUCACCAGACACACCAACAGCGACUUCCAAAGUGAGAUGUUCAGGCUCACGCGCCAACAGCUGUUUCAUGUAACCCGCGACGAGUUUUCCUUCAAGCACGCAAUUGCCGUGCGGUUCAGCGACGCGGCGGCGAACCUCCGAGGACUGCUCGCUCAGUACACUAGCACCGGCUCGUUGCCUUUUGGGCUUCUGUUCCUUCUUCAAGCAUUGAUGGCAAACGGCUAUCUUCACCCCACUACCAUCUCUGCCCUAGCCCAAAGGCUAGCACAGCGCUUCAGAGAAGCCAGGGGGGUCGGGGAUACCAAGCCGCCAGUCUCGGUCGACGCCUUCAAAAAGCUAUUCGACUGGAUCGACUACCCCAUGGUUCAUGGGGAAUCAGCCAUGUUUGAAGUUGACGGCAUCAUGGAGUAUUUGGAAAAGGCCGAGAUUCUCAUUCGCGAGAGCUCUGCACUGCGAUUGAGAAUGGCUGCCGGCGAGGAGAUGCAAAACAGGGCUCUCAUAUUCAGAGCCGUCGUGACCCCCACGCGCAUCACGCUGCACGGCCCAGAGCCCGAGCCCAUGAACCGUGUCCUUCGAAAAUACCCAGACCACUCGUACUUCAUCAGAACGCAGUUUUGCGACGAGAACGGCCAAGAUCUCUUCUUCAACGCCAAGGUAUCCCUCGAUUCCAUCUACGACCGGUUCAAGUCCGUCUUAUCCAAUGGUAUCCAGGUGGCUGGUAGGGUCUAUAAGCUCUUGGGCUUUUCCCACUCGUCACUUCGUGCUCACUCAGCAUGGCUGUCUGCGUCCUUCGUUCACCAAGGGCAAGUGCAAAUCCCUGACCUCAUCGUUACGGGCCUCGGAGAUUUCAACAAAAUCAAGUCUCCGGCCCGUCGCGCCGCUCGGAUCGGCCAAGCCUUCUCCGAGACCCCCUGGGCUGUUGAUCUCGACGAGCACUUGGUCAAGGUCGAGAGGAUCCCAGACGUCGAGAGGAUCUCAGAGGUCAAGCGGACCAAGGAAGUUUUCAGUGAUGGUGUCGGUACGCUCUCACAGGGUGUUGCUCAGCUGGUUCACGACAUCAUACCCAAAUCCAAAGGCUUCCCAACUUGUUUCCAAAUCCGAUGGGGUGGAGCAAAGGGAAUGUUGGCUGUGGACCCGCGCCUGGACGGGAACAUCAUAUGCAUUCGUCCUUCCAUGGAAAAGUUUGACAGUAACGACAAGCAGCUCGAGAUCUGUGAUAUGGCUUCCAAUCCGAUGCCUAUGGUUUUGAACCGCCAGCUUAUCAAGAUCCUCGAAGACAUGGGGGCGCCUAACAAGUGGUUUCUUGACCUACAAAACAAUGAAUUACAAAGACUGCGUGGGAUUUCUUCCACCGUGUACAACACGGCUAGCUUUCUCAGGUCGCAGAGGAUUGGCGAAAGCAUCCAGCUACACAAAUUCCUCCGUCAAACAGAGGCUAUGGGUCUCGACUACAGGAGAGACAACUUCCUUCGCGGUGCCGUCGAAGCCAUUUUACUUCGGGAACUCCGCCUUCUCAAGCACAAAGCUCGUAUCCCCGUUCGGAACGGCAUGACUCUUUUCGGCAUCAUGGAUGAGACAGGGCUCCUAAAGGAGGGGGAAGUGUACGUGACCUUCGACCCCGAGGAUGACCGCCAUUCUCAGCCCCCCGGCCCCGGACUUGUGCUUGUGACGCGGUCACCGGCGUUGCACCCCGGAGAUGUCCAAACAUUCGUCAACACGAUCCCGCCAGAUGACCAUCCUUUAGUCCAGCUUCGUAAUUGCCUUGUCUUCAGCAUGUGGGGCGAGAGGAGUCCUUCCAAUCAGCUCAGUGGAGGCGACUUGGAUGGUGAUGUCUUCCAUAUCAUCUGGGAUCCCGCCGUGGUCGACGUUGUGACAACCUUUCCGCCCGCUUCUUACCCGCGAGUCGAGCCCCUCGAACUGACCAGACCAGUAACAUCGGCGGACAUGGCUGCUUUCUUUGUCGACUUCAUGAGAACUGACCACCUCGGGGUCAUCGCCACCCGGCACAUGAUUCUUGCAGACCAAAGGGAGGAUGGAACGCUAGACCAAGAUUGUAUCAAACUCGCCGAACUGCACUCUUCAGCCGUCGACUUCUCCAAGUCCGGGCGUGCUGUCGAGCUGUCCCAACUUCCCCGGAGCCCAAAGUGGAGACCAGACUUCCUUGCUCCGGGGCCCCUGAUCACAAUUUAUGACAAGUCAGCCAUUGCUAUGGAAGACUACGUUGCGCCACAGGCCAACGAGGAUGAGGAUGACGACGAUGCAGGCCCACGCCAUCGGUAUUACGGGUCUGACAAAAUAUUGGGACAACUUUACCGCGCUGUCGAUGAACGAAAGAUCUGGACCGAGGAUAUCAGGAUGACCGUCGAAUCCGGAAGAUCGUCCUUCUGGGACGAGUUACUCGCGGCCCUUAGGGUACGAGUGGGUGGUAUCGGUCCUGUGGAAUGGAGACAUAGGUCAGACGAGGCACACGGAAUUCUUCACGCAUACCAAGAUGCCGUUCACGGACUCAUGAUUGACUGCGCAGAUCAGCCGCACCAGCCUCUAAGGGAGCUGGAAGUCUUUGUUGGCUUUAUUCUGAAUAAAAAUGGCAUCCAGACACACCGCCAACGAGACCGUUCCGUCAAGCUGAAGGAUGGAUUUGAGCGGAUCGCAGCGUGGAUCACGCGAGAAAUGCGCAACCCGACUUCUAUGAGCGGCUACACUAGCGAGUUGGACGCACUCGAAUUGUGCCUCGCUUGCCUGAACGUUGGCUGCCAAAAGAAACACAGGCAGAUGCUUCCCGGGCACCGCAGUUCUCCUCAGGACAUCGAGAGCUUCAAGAUUGUAGCGGCCGCAGCAUUGAUGCGCGAACUUGCUACACUCGAGAAAGGCAAGCCUGGUCUCGAGUAUACAUACGGCGGUGGGUAUGUCGGGGUUAGUGGCAGGGUUGGAAGAAACCCUGAUAGGGCGCUGCCUGGCAUUUCGAAGCGGUAAUGACUGAACGGGGUUUUACAUUCCUAUUACUCUUAUCUAACUGGACAAAUGGAACAACUGUAGCUCGAAGUAUGCUCGGUAGUAGAAGUUUCCAUUAUAUUCACUUAGUUCCUUUCAUACUAUAUUACUUUAGCCUAGAAACUACCUAUCUAAGCUAGGUAACCUCUUAUCUUCAACCACUUAUCGGAUAGUACUUUACAUUUCGAUAUACCUAUUUUCUACUAUAUUGUUCAUUCUACACUGCGGACCUUUGCCUAGAG